GCAGGCUACAGCUACCCCGCCUAGAAAAUAUUGGUGCGCAACCACGCCUCGCCAUCUAUAUACUGCUGUCAAGACGGUCUCUUGUGCAAGGCAAUUCUCCAGCACCCGCUUCGCCAUGGCCGGACAGAAGAUUGACGGCACCGCCAUUGCAAAGAGCAUCCGCGAGCGGCUGGGUGCCAAGAUCAAGGAGAAGCAGGCGCAGAACCCGCGUUACAGACCCAGCCUGAAAAUUGUCCAGGUGGGCGACAGAUCCGACUCGAGCACCUAUGUGCGCAUGAAGCUCAAGGCCGCCGAGGAGGCCAACAUCGACUGCGAGCUGGUGCACCUGACGGAGGAUAUCAGCGAGGCUGAUCUGCUGUACAAAAUCUCCGAGUUCAACAACGACCCCAGCGUUCACGGCAUCCUCGUCCAGCUGCCCCUCCCCAAGCACAUCUCCGAGCACACCAUCACAUCGGCCGUUGCUGACGAAAAGGACGUCGAUGGCUUCGGCAUCCAGAGCAUUGGCGAGCUGGCCAAGCGUGGCGGCAAGCCGCUCUUCACCCCAUGCACCCCCAAGGGUGUCAUGGUGCUGCUGCAGGAGGCUGGUAUUGACAUCAAAGGCAAGAACGCCGUUGUGCUGGGCCGCAGCGACAUUGUGGGCAGCCCCGUCAGCUAUCUGCUGAAGAACGCCGACGCGACCGUCACCGUGUGCCAUUCGAGGACAAGCGAUCUGCCAGAGGUUGUUCGUCGCGCAGACAUUGUCGUUGCUGCCAUUGGCAAGGCCCAGUUUGUCAAGGGAGACUGGCUUAAGCCUGGCGCCGUCGUCAUCGAUGUGGGCACAAACUUCAUCCCAGACGAGACCAAGAAGAGCGGUCAAAGGCUGGUGGGAGACGUUGACUACGACUCAGCCGUCGAAGUUGCAUCGCACAUCACGCCGGUACCGGGAGGCGUCGGCCCCAUGACCAUUGCCAUGCUCCUGCAGAACCUUGUCGACUCAGCCGACGCGACCUUUGACCGAGAGAAGAAGCGCAAAAUCUCGCCUCUUCCAAUCAAGAUUGAAGACCCCAUACCCUCUGACAUUGCCAUCUCGCGGAAGCAACACCCAAAGCAGAUCACGGCUGUCGCAAAGGAGGUGGGAAUUCUGCCUCACGAGCUGGAGCCAUAUGGUGCGACAAAGGCCAAGGUGGAUCUGUCUCUGCUGAAGCGUCUCGAGCACCGCCGGAACGGCCGGUACAUUCUUAUCGCUGGUAUUACCCCCACGCCUCUUGGAGAGGGCAAGUCGACAACCACAAUCGGUGUAGCACAGGCUCUGGGCGCACACCUUGGCAGGAUAUGCUUUGCCAACGUGCGACAGCCCAGUAUGGGGCCCACCUUUGGUAUCAAGGGUGGUGCCGCUGGUGGAGGAUACAGCCAGGUCAUUCCCAUGGACCAGUUCAACCUCCAUCUCACUGGCGACAUCCACGCCAUCACUGCCGCGAACAACUUGCUCGCUGCUGCUAUUGAGACGCGCAUGUUCCACGAGAACACGCAAAAGGAUGCUGCACUCUACAAGCGCUUGGUGCCGGCUAAGAAGGGCAAGCGCGAGUUUGCCCCUGUCAUGUUCCGUCGUCUCAAGAAGCUUGGUAUCGACAAGACGAACCCAGAUGAUCUGACGGAAGAGGAGAUUGCCAAGUUUGCAAGGCUAGACAUUGACCCCGAGACGAUUACCUGGAGACGCGUACUCGAUGUCAACGACAGGCACCUGCGUAAGAUCACCGUGGGUCAAGCACCAACUGAAAAGGGUCAGACUCGUGAGACUGGCUUCGACAUUUCGGUUGCCAGUGAGUGCAUGGCCAUUCUUGCUCUCAGCAAAGACCUCGCAGACCUCCGCGAGCGCCUGGGCCGCAUGGUCGUGGCCAGCUCCCGCGCUGGCGACCCAGUCACUUGCGACGACAUUGGCGCAGGCGGUGCCUUGACUGCUCUGCUUGUCGAUGCUAUCAAGCCCAACAUGAUGCAGACCCUUGAGGGCACCCCCGUCUUUGUGCACGCCGGCCCAUUCGCAAACAUUAGUAUCGGUGCCUCGUCAGUCCUCGCAGACCGAAUUGCGCUCAAGCUGGCUGGUACGGAGCCAGACGAGGACCACGAUGCGCAAACCGGCUUCGUCGUCACCGAAGCUGGUUUCGACUUCACAAUGGGCGGCGAGCGCUUCUUCAACAUCAAGUGCCGAUCGUCUGGCCUUGUGCCCGACACAGUUGUUAUUGUUGCCACUGUGCGAGCGCUCAAGAACCACGGCGGCGGUCCCGAUAUCAGCCCGGGUUCUCAGCUUCCCGAGGUCUACCGUACCGAGAACAUUGACAUUCUCCGUGCUGGCUGCGUAAACCUGAAGAAGCACAUUGAGAACGCAAAGGCAUACGGCGUCCCCGUCGUGGUAGCAAUCAACCGCUUCGCUACCGACACACAGGCCGAAAUCGAUGUCAUCCGUGAAGAAGCCAUUGCUGCCGGUGCCGAAGACGCCAUCCCGGCGAACCACUUUGCCGAGGGCGGUGCGGGCGCCAUUGACCUUGCCCAAGGCAUCAUUGCGGCGUCGUCCAAGCCCAAGCCCGACUACAAGCUGCUCUACGACACAUCGAGCGGCAGCGUGCAAGAGCGCAUGGAAACUAUUGCCAAGCGCAUGUACGGCGCCGCGGCCGUCGAGUUCUCGGAGCUCGCCCAAAAGAAAGUCGACACGUACGUCAAGCAGGGCUUCGGCAACCUCCCCAUUUGCGUCGCAAAAACCCAAUACAGUCUCUCGCACGACCCCAGCCUCAAGGGCGCCCCAACAGGCUUCACCGUCCCCAUCCGCGACGUCCGCAUGGCGGCUGGCGCUGGCUACCUGUAUGCGCUUGCUGCUGACAUUCAAACUAUCCCUGGUCUGCCUACGGCCCCCGGCUAUCUCAACAUUGAUGUUGAUGUUGAGACGGGCGAGAUUGACGGCAUGUUUUAGGUCUUUCAUCACCACCUACACACCAUAAAUCACACCAUGUGAAGGAUUAGGAUGUGUGUUUUUUUCUUCCCACCGGGUUCAGAGAAAAAAAAAGCAUUCAACAAGCUUUUUUUUUAGGUAGAGUUUUUGUCAGUUAUGGGAACAUGGAAACAUGAAAUGAAUGAU